GCGCCUAUACACCCGGGACGGAAUGCUGCCUGCUGCGUUGCCCAGGGUUGGCCCUGAGUGUUCCUAUCAGGCGCCGUUCACUCUGGGGUGGAUUAAACCACCUCCUGGAGGGUGCUGUAUCCCCACUGUGCAAUGGGGGGUUUGUGUUGUGUGCAUUCCUGCCUGGUCCCUGAGAGUUGCCGACACGUGGAACCUGAGGCAGCAGGACAGCCUGGCGUUGGCCACGGGACAUUGGCCACAGCCAUAGCAACUUCGGCAUCAAAUGGGGCAGGAGAGAGAACAUUAAGGCAGCCAUGAGCUCCAGCCGCCCUGAGCCGGGUCCCUGGGCACCCCUGAGCCCCCGCCUUCAGCCCCUGUCCCAGAGCUCUUCCAGCCUGCUGGGUGAAGGCCAGGAACAGAGGCCAGAGCUCCGCAAGAGUGCCAGCAGCACCGUGUGGCAGGCCCAGCUGGGCGAGGCCAGCACCAGACCCCAGGCCCCGGAGGAAGAGGGGAACCCGCCUGAGAGCAUGGAGCUGGCGCGGGCCUCUGGCCCUGAGGCACGACCCAGUGCUGGAGGCCACUGGCGGAGCAGCACUGUGGGCAAUGUGUCCACCAUGGGCGGUGGUGACCUGUGUCGCCUGCGGGCCCCCAGUGCUGCUGCUAUGCAGAGGAGCCACUCGGACCUGGUCCGUAGCACCCAGAUGCGGGGACACAGUGGUGCUCGGAAGGCCAGUCUCAGCUGCUCAGCCCUUGGCAGCAGCCCUGUCCACAGGGCUCAGCUGCAGCCGGGUGGUACUUCUGGCCAGGGUGGCCAGGCCCUUGCAGGCCUGGAAAAGGACCUGGCUCCUGAGGAUGGGACUUUUAACUCAGCCUGGAUGCUGGGGGCGAGUCAGUUGUCAGUGCCACCACUAAACCUGGGGGACACAACUGCCCACAGCAGCAGUGCCCAAGCUGAGCCCAAAGCCGCUGAACAGCUGGCUACCACCGCCUGCCAUGCUCUGCCCCCAGCUGCUCUACUCUGUGGCAUGAGGGAGAUGGGAGCUGGUGGCUGCUGCCAUGCCCUACCUGCCACAGGGAUCCUGGCCUUUCCCAAACUAGUGGCGUCAGUGAGCGAGUCUGGGCUGCAGGCUCAGCAUGGGGUGAAGAUCCACUGUAGGUUGUCUGGGGGGCUCCCUGGGCACUCCCAUUGCUGUGCCCACCCUUGGGGUCCCAGCGGGUUAGUCCCAGAGCCUGGCUCUAGGACCAAAGAUGUGUGGACCAUGACCUCAGCCAAUGACUUGGCCCCUGCAGAGGCAUCCCUGCUGUCAGCCCAGGAUGCUGGUGUGCAGGCGGCCCCAGUGGCGGCCUGCAAGGCUGUGGCCACCAGUCCGUCCCUGGAAGCGCCUGCAGCCCUGCAUGUGUUCCCAGAGGUAACACUGGGGUCCAGCCUGGAGGAGACGCCGUCCCCUGUGCGGGAUGUGCGAUGGGAUGCUGAGGGCAUGACAUGGGAGGUGUACGGAGCUGCAGUGGACCCAGAGGUACUCGGUGUGGCCAUCCAGAAGCACCUGGAGAUGCAGUUUGAGCAGCUGCAGCGAGCGCCCACCAGCGAGGACAGCCUGUCUGUGGAGGGCCGGAGGGGACCACUGCGGGCUGUCAUGCAGUCCCUGCGGCGCCCCAGCUGCUGUGGCUGCUCCAGUGCGGCCCCCGAGUGAGGAGCUGUGGCCCUUGGAGCUGGCCUGGGCCCACUGACUUUGUCCUAGACCUGGGCCAGGGAUGAUGGGGGCUCCGUGCCCCCUGGACCCACCGGCAGCUGGGCACAUCUCUCACCUGAACAUCGGCUGCCUCCGGACCGCAGGACUGCAGCCUGGGGCUUCCUGCCCCACACAGCUGGGCUGUUUUCUUAAGGGCUUGAUUUCCAAGGGCCACAUCUCUGCACCUUGUGAGUUCUGAACUUUGAGACAGGGCUUUAGCACUGUGCAGAGGGGAGAUCCUGAGUUUUCUGUAAAAAAUGACCUUUUGUUCACUCCA